UUGACGAUCGGUGUAGAAUUCUUUGCUUAAAGACAGCUCAACAAGGUAUCACAUUAAAGCGUACUUCUGGAGAAGAGUGAAUAGUUGUAUUGUUUUUUUUUGUAGAUUUGCAUCAUACGAAAAAGCAGACUUAGGAAACUUACAUUUUGAAAUAGUUUCCUGUAAAAGAUAAAAACCAGGUACUGAGGUUCCAAAGAGAAGAAUCUGAAAUAGAAUUUAAAAUGCCAAUUUUAUCGAGUUUAUCAAAACGAUUACAUUUGCUGACAACUGAUUCUAAGCCGGAUCCUCCAAGGAUUCAAAACGCAGCAUAUACAAAUAAUUUAGAACCACCUCCUUCUGAAGUUAGAACGAAAUCUACAUCAUCAGUUCCAAAAGGGGGUACAGUUAAGAAUGAGAAUGUUAACUCCACGUCAGAUACUAAAAAAAUAAACACCGAAUUACCUUCAAUUGACAAUACUGAUAAAUUUAAGAAACGAAGAACAGAAUUCAAAACUAAAGCUUCUCAAGCCAAGACAGAAUCAAAGGCAAAAGUGAUAAAUUAUAAUAUUGUAAAUUCAAACGGAGUGCAAAUUGGCCCCAAAACUAGCUAUGUUUGUAACAUUAAUCAAUUUUCUGAACGUACAUCAUCCAGUGAUGUACCACUGAAGCCAAAGGAGAAAAAAAUGACAGAAGAUGUAAAAGCUUUAAGUAUGUGCAAAAAAGAAAUCACAAUGGAUGAUAUGUUUCUAAUCAAAACACAUAUUGGGCAUGGGUGGAGAGAUGUUGCUAGAAAACUUGGUUAUUCAGAAGGUCAAAUGGAUCAGUUUAAAGAGAAUUAUGGAGAAUAUGGUAUAAAUCAGGUGAUUUAUCAAAUACUCCUUGACUGGAAGCAAGCUAAUACAAAAGAUGCACAACUUGGAAUUUUAGUGUCAGUUAUGUGGUCCUGCCAAGAAUACGAUUGUGUUCAGAGACUAGUUCGGAUGCAUGGAUUAUCGUUAUAGAUUUGCAGGAAAUUAAUUAAGAUGAACCAAGAUCAGAGAUGAGUAUUUUACAGGUUACGAAGAAAAUAUUCAACAUAUUUUCCCCACAAAAAGAUUAUGCCACAAAGUAAUAUGUCUCGAGUAAACACUUACAAUAGUAAAAUUGUUAAUAUAUUUUAUCUUCCUUCUUUGUGUUUGAACUGUCAGAAUCAAGGAUUAUUUGUAAGAUAAAGCAUAUGUUAUAUAAAGAUACAUUUUUUUUAAUAAGCUUUGUAUCAUAUACCAUUAAUAUAUAUGAUCAGUGAACGUAUCGUAUCAUAGUUUGUGGUCAGUUUUAUUAUAACAAUACUACACAUGAAUAAUACUUACAAAAUCAAUUACUUAUAACAUUUUAUAAUUGUUGUUUAUUAAUAUCCUUAAAAAUACUGUUCUAGACAGAGGUCGAAAGUAACUAUCAUAGUUCUCAAGUAAUAAACAAAAGUGUACUUAAAAUGAAAUGAGUAUACAUAUUAAAAAAACAGCGGUUAUAAUAUUGAUAUCAAUAUAAUUGUCCAUUCUUUCUUAUGUAAACCAAGUAGAUCAAGCAGAAAACAAAGAAUGUUAAGCAUAUUUGUUUAUGUAAAACGUCCCACUUGUUAAGAGAUUUAAUAUUGAGUUCAUUUCCACACAUUUAAAGAUAAAAUUCAAAUUGAUGUGUAAUAAGUAUUGCGAAAAAACAUGUAAUGUUAUAUUUCCUUACUGAACAAAUGAUUAGAAAAAUAAUGUCAAUUACAUGUUUAUAGAAAGAAUUCAGUAGUUCUAAUUUAAAUAAAACAAAUUGGAUGUUAUAA